AUGGACCUCCACUAUGCCUAUUUAGAUUAUAAUCUUAAAGAUUUAAAUAAAGUUACUAAAAGGGUCUUAUUAUAUAUAGCUUUAGGUUAUAUUAAAGGAAUAUUAGCAGGCUUUUUAAAGCGCAUCUCUGCUUAUAUUAAGAAUAAAUAUUCCCUUUUUAAGCUUAGUAGGGGUCUAUGCAUAGGGACCCACAGAAACCUCUUCUAA